AGGGGCAUGAGGCAGGGGGCGACAUGACCGUGCCGCUGCUGAAGAUCGGCGCCGUGCUCAGCACCAUGGCCAUGGUCACCAACUGGAUGUCCCAGACGCUGCCUUCUCUCGUGGGGCUGAAUGGCACCAUCUCUCAGGCCGGCACCUCCGAGAGAAGCACUCUCUUCCAAAGCCCAGAUGAAGGUUGGCAGGUCUACACGUCAGCUCAGGCUCCUGAUGGCAAAUGUCUGUGCACAGCAGUCAUCCCUGUUCAGGGCACCUGCUCAAGAGACUUGCGCAGCCGGCAACUACGGCAGCUCAUGGAGAAAAUUCUGCCUAUUUGUCGGCUGUGGAUUGGUCCCAAGUAGAACAUCUGUCGUUAAGUUCAGGGGAAAUCAUCAGUACAUUUGCUCCAAAAUUAUUGGGUUCAAAAAUACCCCUUCAUCCAUUACCAUGCAAAAUUCCUUUGAGGUACAGAACAUCUCCCAAUCCAUGGAAGUGCUGGAUCUUCGGACCUACCGGGACUUGCAAUAUGUCCGUAAUACAGAAUCAUUGAUGAAAGGACUGGAUUCUAGGCUGAAAGUGGCCACUGAGGGUCAAAGAAACCUGAAUGUCAAAAGUUUCCAGGAGCUCAAGGACAAAAUGACAGAACUGAUGCCUCUUAUUCCUGUAUUGGAUCAAUACAAGUCUGACACUCGCACCAUUGUACAGCUCAAAGAGGAAGUGAGAAACCUUUCAGGCAGCUUGCUUCAGAUCCAGGAAGAGAUGGGGGCCUAUGACUACGAGGAACUCCAACAGCGAGUGCUGAUUUUGGAAGCUCGUUUGCAUGCUUGCAUGCAGAAGUUAGGUUGUGGAAAACUCACUGGAAUAAGCAACCCCAUUACUAUCCGAGCAUCUGGAUCUAGAUUUGGCUCUUGGAUGACAGACACCAUGGCUCCAAGUUCUGACAGCCGGGUGUGGUACAUGGAUGGCUAUUACAAAGGCCGUCGUGUCCUUGAGUAUCGUACCCUGAAUGACUUCAUCACAGGGCAAAAUUUUGUCCAGCACUUGCUGCCUCACCCUUGGGCAGGCACUGGCCAUGUGGUUUUCAACGGAUCCCUCUACUACAACAAGUAUCAGAGCAACAUUGUGGUGAAGUACCAUUUCCGUUCACGGAGCGUUGUUGUACAACGCAGCCUCAACACGGCUGGCUACAACAACACAUUCCCAUAUUCCUGGGGUGGUUUCUCUGACAUCGACUUCAUGGUGGACGAGAAUGGACUCUGGGCAGUUUACACCACCAACCAAAAUGCUGGCAACAUUGUGGUGAGCAGGAUGGACCCCAUGACACUGGAGAUACUACGCAGCUGGGACACUGGCUACCCCAAGAGGAGUGCAGGAGAAUCCUUCAUGAUUUGCGGGACCCUCUAUGUGACAAAUUCACACCUGGCUGGAGCAAAAAUCUAUUUUGCCUACUACACAAACACUUCUAGCUAUGAGUACACAGAUAUUCCCUUCCACAAUCAAUAUUCCCACAUAUCCAUGUUGGACUACAAUCCCCGGGAGAGGGUUCUCUACACCUGGAACAAUGGCCACCAGGUCAUCUACAACGUGACUCUCUUCCAUGUUAUCAAGACUUCAGGGGAAUUAUAAUACUGUGAUCAAAGAGACCUGAACAAGCUUGGUGGUCAUUUUGUUCAUUUUCUCUGUUAUCUUAGGGAGGUUGGGGGGUACUGCCACCAAAUUUUGGUCUAGGAAAACUCGGUGGCCUGGGAAAACUCCAUAAUGCCAUUAUUUCUAUAUAAUAAAUGAAAUGAAUUUCAUCUAUCUUUUUCUUUCUUUUUCUUUCUUUCUUUCUUUCUUCCUUUUCUUUUUCUUUCUUUUUCUUCUUUUCACUUUUUCUCUCUCCUGUGGUUGAUGGUGCAUGGAUCUGAUUUGGGGCUUCUUUGGGUGGGGAGGGCUUUAUUUUAUUUUAUUUUUGGAUUGAUUUUAUUUUACUUAUUUACCAAUGGCAAAUAAAGACAGUCUCAUUGAGAUUGGAAGAGUUUGGGCCUUUCUUGGUUCAAAUGAGUCACUUGCCUCAGAGAAAUGUUUAUGGAAUAUGAUGGUUAGCUUUUCAUCAAGAAACUCUGCAUCUCCACCAAGCAGCAGCAGAAUCAAUUUUGUCUUUGAAGCAGGUUCUUCCUCUAAAACAUUUCCCCAUACUGCUGAAGUUGAUGUUGUUAUCUACCAAUUCUCAUAGCAAAUUGCUUGUCUUUUUCCAAAGAGAACAUUUCAAUAAAAUUCUUCAGAGUGAG